AUGAUCCGCGACCCGUUCGGCAUACACAGCAAAAACGUAUUCAAAGCUACAGCGUUGCGAGCGGCGCAGAAUAUCCGAGAGGCAGCGACGCAGGCGAGCGCAAAUGCACUAGAAAUGUCCUUUUCUAUGCCCAAACACGUGCCCGACUUUGGGGAUCCCAGCCGAGCGCUCGAAGACCGCGCCUGGGCCGCUCUGUCGCGGAGAGGCGACAAGCCGUAUGCUUAUGCGCCGUCAAUGCGACUUCGGCCUUGGUGGCGGCGCAAGAAGGUGCUAGGGGCGAUAACGGCAGCGGUGGUGUUUUUGCUAUAUAUCACGGGCUUCUUCUCAGGCCAUCCCGAGGCCAAGACUUCUGGCUCGGCAUUCUCUUGGUUGCGCCUAUCUCAGGACAGAGACCACGUUGAUUGGGAUGAGCGGCGGCAGAGCGUGGUAGAAGCCUUUGAAGUGAGCUGGGACGCCUAUGAACGCUAUGCGUGGGGCAAGGAUGAGUUUCACCCGGUUUCGAAGACUGGCAGGAAUAUGGCUGCAAAGGGUCUUGGAUGGAUCAUCAUAGACUCUCUGGACACCAUGAUGCUGAUGAACUUGACAUCACGCCUGCAACAUGCACGAGAAUGGCUUUCUACAUCAUUAACCUGGGAACAAGACCAAGACGUCAACACUUUCGAGACCACCAUCCGCAUGCUAGGUGGGCUGCUCUCUGCCCAUUAUCUAUCUACCGAAUUCCCUACCCUUGCGCCCCUGGCUGAGGAUGACGAAGGAGCACCCGGAGAAGAUUUAUAUCUCGAGAAAGCCAGAGAUCUGGCCGAUAGACUGCUUUCUGCCUUUGAAUCCGACUCUGGUAUUCCAUAUGCUAGCGUCAACUUGGCAGAGUACAAGGGCCUCCCAUCUCAUGCCGACAAUGGAGCGUCUUCCACGGCUGAGGCGACGACUCUUCAGCUAGAGUUCAAGUAUCUGGCCAAGCUUACUGGCGAAAAGAACUUCUGGGACAAGGUUGAAAAGGUGAUGGAAGUUGUCGAUGAUAAUCACCCGGAAGACGGCCUUGUUCCCAUCUACAUUUACGCGACGUCGGGUGAGUUCCGAGGCGAGAAUAUUCGACUGGGAAGCAGGGGUGACUCUUAUUAUGAGUACCUCAUCAAGCAAUAUCUUCAGACGAACAAGCAAGAGCCCAUCUACGAAGAGAUGUGGGAUGAGGCUCUUGCGGGCGUGCGAAAACACCUGGUGACAUACACGGAGCCCUCCGGUUUCACCAUCAUCGCUGAGCGCCCAGACGGCUUGGAGUAUCCAAUGUCGCCAAAGAUGGAUCACUUGGUUUGCUUCAUGCCAGGCACCAUUGCCCUGGCCGCCACCGGUGGCCUCACCGAGGCUGAGGCGCGGAAACUGCCCACCUGGUCCAAGAAGAAGGACAACGACAUGCAACUGGCAAGGGAGCUCAUGCACACCUGCUGGGGCAUGUACAAAUACAUGAAGACGGGCCUGGCGGCUGAAAUCACCUACUUUAACAUUCCAAACCCACCGCCGGAGGAAUCAGCACCGCAUCAAGCGCCAACCGAGUUUGACGAGGAUCCUCAUGCCAAGUGGCGCAAGGACUUUAUUGUCCACUCUAAUGAUGUGCACAACCUGCAGCGCCCGGAGACGGUCGAGAGUCUGUUCUACAUGUGGAGGAUAACGGGCGAUGUCAAGUACCGCGAAUGGGGCUGGGACAUGUUCAAGUCAUUUGCCAACUAUACUGCGGUGGAAGAUCAAGGGGGCUUCACGAGUCUGCUCGAUGCCAACACCAUUCCCCCAACGGUUAAGGACAACAUGGAAAGUUUCUGGCUGGCUGAGACACUCAAGUAUAUGUACCUCCUCUUCUCGCCAAACGACUUGUUGCCGCUGGACAAGAUUGUGCUGAACACGGAGGCUCAUCCGUUCCCUAGAUUUGACAUGGGACCGCUGUUCUCCACUGGGUGGAAGAGAAAGCCUCGGGAUGCGAGCAGCAAGACGACCAAGACCAAGACGACUGAGCAAAGAGUUGGAUGAAUUUGAAUGAAGCGGGAGUGGCAUCAAGGGUAUUGAGCUUUCCUACUGCAUAUUUGGCGUUGCAGCAUCGGGUUCAUGUUGGUACGGAUUCUAGCUUAUAUAGACGCGAUCUCUAUAACCUUCCUCGGUAUAUAAA